AUGAAGAGACGAGACGGCGCUUUCCAGUCUGAUAUUCGGAAUUCGGCAAGAUACUUCGCAAGAUACUUGGUCAAUGGCAGCAACAUUGGAGGCACUGAUGUUGCCCGCAGACAAACUAUAGCACAAGGUGAAGUGUUCGCAGCUUCCGAGUCAGUUGAGCAGCGAGUGAAGGCGAAGGGCAAGCAAACUUUGCCUUCCCAGGCCAUGCGCACAUUUACCUCCGACCAAGGUAGCAGACACAAUGCUUUGGGUCUUCCUGGCAUGGAAUACCGUAGCUUGGCCGCUGCCUGGCUUAAUCACGGUCCUCCUCUUCUCACCUUGAGCUGGGCUUUCCUUUUCUCAUGUAAAGAAGGGUCUAGCGAUUCUUGA